GCCCAGCCCAGCCCAGCCCCGGACGCCUCUCGGGGAGGCCCGCGCUAGGGGAGCUCCUCCCGAAGCAGCAGCUGGCCGGCCACACCCUGCACGUCGAGCCUUCUCGGGCAGCCUUUGGGUUCCUGCGCCCUGCGUGCCAAGCCGAAGCCUCGCCUCCGACGACGCCCCUAAGGCUGUUCGUCCGCGGGCCCCUCCCAGCCAGGCCUCGCGCGGGUCCUGGUCGCACUCGAGCGGCCCUCAGCCUCCACCUCCAGUGAUUUUCCUGAGCUGGGCCGCCUCACGCCUCCGGGACCAUGCUGCGCUGGCUGAGGAGCUUUGUGCUGCCCGCGGCGGCUUGCCAGGACGCGGAGCCGCCAACGCGCUACGAGACCCUCUUCCAGACACUGGACCGCAAUGGGGACGGCGUUGUGGACAUCAUUGAGCUGCAGCAGGGGCUCAAGAGCUUGGGCAUCCCACUGGGCCAGGACGCCGAGGAGAAAAUUUUUGUUACUGGAGAUAUCAACAAAGAUGGGAAGCUGGAUUUUGAAGAAUUUAUGAAGUACCUUAAAGACCAUGAGAAAAAAAUGAAAUUGGCAUUUAAGAGUCUGGACAAAAAUAAUGAUGGAAAAAUUGAAGCUUCAGAAAUUGUCCAGUCCCUCGAGAUAUUGGGUCUAACUAUUUCUGAACAACAAGCAGAGUUGAUUCUUCGAAGCAUUGAUGCUGAUGGGACCAUGACAGUGGACUGGAAUGAAUGGAGGGACUACUUCCUAUUUAACCCUGUUACAGACAUUGAGGAAAUCAUCCGUUUCUGGAAACAUUCUACUGGAAUUGACAUAGGGGACAGUUUGACUAUUCCAGAUGAAUUCACAGAAGACGAGAAGAAGUCUGGACAGUGGUGGAGGCAGCUUCUGGCCGGAGGCAUUGCGGGUGCGGUCUCCCGAACAAGCACUGCCCCUUUGGAUCGCCUGAAAGUCAUGAUGCAGGUUCAUGGUUCAAAAUCAAUGAACAUAUUUGGUGGCUUUCGACAGAUGAUAAAAGAAGGAGGUGUCCGUUCCCUUUGGAGAGGAAAUGGCACAAAUGUCAUUAAAAUUGCUCCUGAGACAGCUGUUAAGUUCUGGGCAUAUGAACAGUAUAAGAAGUUGCUUACUGAGGAAGGACAAAAAAUAGGAACCCUUGAGAGAUUUAUUUCUGGUUCCAUGGCUGGAGCAACUGCACAGACUUUCAUUUAUCCCAUGGAGGUUAUGAAAACCAGGCUAGCUGUGGGAAAAACUGGACAAUACUCUGGAAUAUAUGACUGUGCAAAGAAGAUUUUGAAACAUGAAGGCUUUGGAGCUUUUUACAAAGGCUAUGUUCCCAAUUUAUUAGGCAUCAUACCUUAUGCAGGCAUAGAUCUUGCUGUGUAUGAGCUCUUAAAGUCCCAUUGGCUGGAUAAUUUUGCAAAGGACUCUGUAAACCCUGGUGUCAUGGUGUUGUUGGGAUGUGGUGCCUUAUCCAGCACCUGUGGCCAGCUGGCUAGCUACCCCUUGGCUUUGGUGAGGACUCGCAUGCAAGCCCAAGCCAUGGUAGAAGGAGCCUCUCAGCUGAACAUGGUUGGCCUCUUUCGAAGAAUAAUUUCUAAAGAAGGAGUACCAGGACUUUACAGAGGCAUCACCCCAAACUUCAUGAAGGUGCUCCCUGCUGUAGGCAUCAGUUAUGUGGUGUAUGAAAAUAUGAAGCAAACUUUAGGAGUAACUCAGAAAUGACAAGUUGAAGUUUUUGCUUUAGCAUGCUUGUGGAAAUUCUCAACUAUCUCUAAGUGACUUCUACAAUUGUGAUGAAUCUCUGGCAAAAGAAGCAGUAUAUAUAUAUUUUUUUUUCACAGAAGUAUAUCAGUGAUCGCUAAAUUGUUUGGGCUCAAUUUUAUGUAUACAAAAUAUUAAAAAUCAUGGUUUUAUUAAGUUUUGAGAAAGCCACAAAAUUGAACUUUGUGUUUUCUGAUUAGUCCUUCUGCAGAUCUGUGCCCUGAAUCCUAAAUCUGAAUAUGUACUCACUUGAGCUAAAUUUGUUUUGCAUGGUAGAAUUAUAAAUCACUAAUCUUCAUUCUGGUUGAUUCAAAUUUAUGCUAAUUCCUUUAUUCCUAAAUGUCUUUUAGAAAUGAUCAGAAAACCUUAUGACUUAUUUUUUUUUUUUUUUUACAUUUUAGAUGUCUUUAUAGACUUAAACUUUUCUCAUGGAACCAUUAAUAGAAAAUCAUUGUAUUUGCAGUGUAUUUUAUAGCAUUUAAAUAAAUAUAGGGUUUGUUUGCCAAUCUUUCUUUCAGACAGAAAUCAGAGUAGAAAUGGACAUGAGUGGCAGAAUGUGUAAGGAGGAGCAAUGAAAUAAUAUUUAUUUCAGUAGGCACAUUUCCAUUUUACUUACACUGUUAUUUGGUUCCUGGGAUUAUACUCUGAUUGGCAUAUAAAACUGUUAAAUUAUCAACAGGAAACAAUUUAUUUUAAAGAUUCUAUUUAUUCUGUCAUAGCAUUGAAAAACAUCAGGGAGAUGAAUGCAUUUUUCUUACACCAGUUUCUGAAGAGCAUCUCUAUUUUGUUUCUCCUUUGUUUUCUACUUUUUCAAUCAGAUUCUGUUUAUCAGGAAGGCUUCUAGGGACCAUUCUUAGUAAUCUGGAAUUUCUUAAUGACAUGAAGUGAGGUGAUCAAGGGUCAAUGACAUGCUCAUUUCCUCUUUACCGAUGAAUAUUUUUGAACCAGCCAUUCUCAGUUUGGGUAGCACAAAGCUAAAAGAAUUCAUAUUAGUAUGUAUUAAUCUUACAUAUGAGAUACUUAUAUUUAUGUAAAAGACAAUUUGUAAGCAUUUACAUCCAUAUUUUCAUUUGGAACAUGGUAGAAAGUUUUGGAACAUGAUGGAAAACUUACUUUAUAAUAUUGGUAACAUUCUAAAAUCUCACUAAAGCCAUUUUUUGUAGUCAACUUUUAUGAUUUGUGUGAUUAGAACUUGAAGUUAUUUUUAAUAUUUUUUCAUUGAGUUCCUAGAUUCACUUGAUUUCUAGUAAUUUCUGUUGUAAAUUGACAGCAGUUUCAUUGAAAAUCUAGUGAAAUAAUAGGUAUUUACGUUAUUUGAAUCUACCUCUUUUAUUAUUUGAACCAAAGAGAAACAUGGACUUGUGUUUGUGUGACAAACUCUAAAAUACAGUUUAUUUACUUAUGCCUGAUAAAUGUCUCAAUAUUUUCAGACUGUACUAUAAGUAUCGCACUCUGUCUUCAGGUUUAUUUGUACUUUUGAGUGAUACAUAAAAUGCAAUAUUAAGGUACAUGAUUAGUUCUUUUUUACUCAUAAAACUGUGGAAAUGAAUGGUUUCAUUAUCAUUUUUGAUAUUUCAAGUUGGUGAAGAAUAUGAAAAUAUUUAUAUUAUACUUCAUUGUGAAUUUGAAUUGUUCCAUGCUGAACAUUUGUAAGGUAUGAAUGGUAAGAUAUUUGCACAUCUUGUAUCUUUUGAAAAAAUGAUUUUGUAUCUUUUGGAAAAAGCCCCCAGUUAAAGAUAGCUUAUUUCUGGCAAUACUGCAUUUUACUUUCCAUUUAUAUUAAAAAAAAAAUCUUUAUAUUUAA